AUGCAGGCGCGGCGUCUAGCCAAGCGCUCCAGCCUGGGCAGCCGCCGGGGGGGCGCCGCGCUGCAGCCGGCCGGGCCCGCGUCCGCGCCCGCCAAGGAAGCCUGCCUGCCCGCGCUCCCGCCCCAUGCCCCGGGCCCGGCUUCGGCUCCCGCCCCCGCCCGGGAGAGCUGGAGGCCGCCGCUGCCGCCGCCGCGCGGCGCUGGGACCGGCCCCCCUCGGGCCGCCGGGGCCGCCGCCGCCGCCUCGUCGCCGGUGCUGCUGCUUCUCGGGGAGGAAGACGAGGACGAGGAGGGCGGGAGCAGGCGGCGGCGGGGGCUCGGGCGGGUGGAAGAGAAGCCCCGAGGGGGCGCGGAGGAGGAGGAUGACGACGAGGAAGACGAGGACGAGGAGGUGGUCGUCGAGGUGGUGGACGGCGACGACGACGACGAGGAUGGCGAGGAGCGUUUCGUGCCCCUCGGCCCCGGCCGUGCGGUCCCCAAGGGCCCGGCCCGGGGCGCGUUGAAGGUGGGGAGCAUUAAGCGGGAAAUGACCUUCACAUUUCAAUCAGAGGACUUAAAACGUGACUCUAGUAGAAAAAUGUCUCAACAACAUUUGUUCUCCUUGGCCAUGGAGGAAGAUGUGAAAACAGCAGACACCAAAAAAGCCAACCGGGCCCUUGACCAUGAAAAAGAAAACACUCGCUCCAUCUGUCUCCUUGAACAGAAACGAAAAGUUGUUUCUUCCAAUAUUGAUGUUCCUCCAGCAAGGAAAUCUUCAGAGGAACUGGACAUGGACAAGGUGACAGCAGCAAUGGUACUGACCAGCUUGUCAACCAGCCCUUUGGUCCGAAGCCCUCCUGUGCGGCCGAAUGAGGGCCUCAGCGGAUCCUGGAAGGAGGCGGGCUGCGUGCCGUCCAGCACCGGCAGCAGCGGCUACUGGAGCUGGAGCGCCCCCAGCGACCAGUCCAACCCGUCCACGCCGUCGCCGCCGCUGUCGGCCGACAGCUUCAAGCCCUUCCGCAGCCCCGCGCAGCCGGACGACGGCAUCGACGAGUCGGAGGCCAGCAACCUGCUCUUCGACGAGCCCAUUCCCAGGAAAAGAAAGAACUCCAUGAAGGUGAUGUUCAAAUGCCUCUGGAAAAACUGUGGGAAGGUGCUGAGCACUGCGGCAGGUAUCCAGAAACACAUCCGGACCAUCCAUCUGGGGCGUGUCGGGGACUCUGACUACAGUGAUGGAGAAGAGGACUUUUACUACACUGAGAUCAAGCUGAACACAGACUCAGUGGCUGAAGGACUGAGCAGCCUGGCCCCGGUCUCACCUUCCCAGUCCCUGGCUUCGCCUCCUACUUUCCCCAUCCCAGAUUCAAGCCGAACAGAAACUCCUUGUGCCAAAACCGAGACUAAACUGAUGACGCCCUUGAGCCGCUCAGCGCCCACCACCCUCUACCUCGUGCACACCGACCAUGCUUACCAGGCCACACCCCCUGUGACCAUUCCAGGAUCGGCCAAGUUCACCCCCAAUGGCAGCAGCUUCAGCAUUUCCUGGCAGUCUCCUCCGGUCACUUUCACAGGCAUUCCAGUGUCACCAACACAUCAUCAUCCAGUGGGCACAGGAGAGCAGAGACAGCACGGCCACACGAUCCUGUCCUCCCCACCCCGGGGCACCGUCAGCCUAAGGAAGCCCAGGGGAGAGGGCAAGAAAUGCCGGAAGGUGUACGGGAUGGAGAAUCGAGACAUGUGGUGCACCUCCUGCCGCUGGAAGAAGGCCUGCCAGAGGUUCAUCGACUGAGAGAUGCCCAGGCAGAGGGGCCCAGGCCUGAGCCACGCCUGCCCUGGCCUUCCAGUGUAGGUGUUGGAAAGAGCUUUUCCUUCCGAAUAACACAACUUGAAGCCCAGGAAAAGCACUUCCAGAAACCUUGGUGGAAUAACAGCAACAACAACAAAAGUCACCACCCUUACUGCUCUUCCUGAGAUCCCAGCCUGGAGCAGCUAUAACUAUUUUUUUUUUCCUUCAAAAGAAAAGUCAGCUUUUUUGCUGUAUGUCUAGGUCUUAAAACUGUGGACUUCUGAAACAAUUGAACCAACAAAGCCCGUUUUACCUAGAAAGGCAUAUUUUGAUAAGCUUUCUGAAUUAUGCCGUUUCUGAGAUUUUUUGACAAACACAGAAAAAAAUAAGCUACACAUUAUUCAAGUAGCAGUUGUACAAAGAACAAUACCUGCUUUUGUUGUGAAUAAUCUUUUCCCAGUUUUCCAUUUGACUUCUUGGAGCAGAAAACAUCAUGAUGUGUUGCAAGAAAGUGCAGCACGCUGGGUAUCUUUUCUAUGUCUUUUUGUUUGUUUUGUUUUUAAGAAUGGCUCCAAACUGAACCAUGGUAGAGCUAUUAGCUUGGUGGGCCCUAGAUGGCACAAACUUGAAAAGCAAUUGGCCGUGGAAAUCACCAGCAGACAUCAGCCCCAAGCUAAGUUCAGGAAAUCCAGCUGUCACUGUUGGGAACCAUCUAGGAGUCUUCCUUGGAUUUAUAAGAAGCUCUUCCCCAAGAGGCAGCACAGCUAAUUCUCUACCUGCCACAACUCAGUCAAGAACUGGCCCCCGUAGCCAUCUGGGUAAGCCUUGAUGCUUCUUUCAGGGAUGUGAUACAAACGGCAGCUCGGAUCUAUGUGUUACCGCGUGUCUGUCAAGACUGUAGCCAGGUUAAUGGGUCAUUGGUCCUUCCCUCCAAAUUCCACCGCUGACUGAUUGCAGAAAAUGUAGAGAACUCCAAAAUCUCCCAGCAGGUCUGCUUUAGACAAAGGACACAGCCGACAUGCCCCCAUCUGUUCAGACAGUCCCGUUAGGUCCACAAACCACUUCCAUUCUGAGUGCACUUUUAUGGGUUUUAUGCUUUAGCAUGUCUGGGAGAUGGGUGAACGAACAAUAUAAACGUUAUAUGGGUAAAUGGGAGGUCCAAACUUUUAUUUUUCUUAUAAAAAUAUUGGAGCUAUUCAGUAAGAAUUUACUCAAAAGGGAACAUACAGAACACCAAAAGGAAAAUGCAUGUUGGUAUAGGAAUCUCUCAGUUUAGCAGGGUCAGGGCUUGCACUGUGUUCCACUGAUGGGGCUUUCUAACUUGGUGUAUCUGCUUGCUGUCGUUGGUUUUGGUGUUCAUGAUGUAGGGAGAGGGGAGUAGUUGUCAAGCCCUAUAAAUAAGCUCAUUUUCUAUCUCCCCUACUCUCGAUUGCCCUGCUAAAGAGUCCUUUCUCCUAUACCUAUGCAAAGAAGCAAGAGCACCUUAGAGGAGGUACUGUGAGGGACGAGGGACGUGGGAUCAGCCAUAGGAAUGUUCAGUGAAAUUGCACAGAGGGAAGUCUAAUAUAUGUUUUGAGCUUGUACAUAUACUUUUUUAAAAAAGAGUAGAAAGAAGUCAUCUAGUAAUAACAGAUAUCCUUUUUUUAUAUAUAAGCAAGGGAAACUAUCAGGAGGUUCUACAGUGCAACAUCUGCAAUCUGUGCAUUCAUAUAUUUUGGCAAUUUAUUUUUUAAACUGUCAUAUACCUUUUUUAAAAAUUAUUCCUUGGAAGAGAUUCUGGUUUUUUUUUUUUCGUUUAAAAACACUUAUUUCUAUUUCAAGAGAACAGAUCUAAUUUCACAUCUUGAUUACCAAUCAAUACUAGGCACAGCACCAGCUAUAUCGUAUGUUUAGUACUUUCACAAGGUCAGCCAGGAUAGGGCCUUUUUUAAAAUGCAGAACUAUGUUUGCUUCCUCUACCCUAGCAUGUCCUUUCUCCUCCUGGUGUCCUGUCACUUCGCCUGCAGUUGAUGCUCUAGCCUGGUCCAGGAGGCCCUGAACGACGGGCAGAUUGCCCAGGGGGCGUGGGGAGGCCAAGGCUGGUCAACUGUUCGAGCAAGUUCACUGUGUAAGUGAGAGUCAGGGGACAACCCUAGACCAGAGGUUUUUCCCUUCGGCAAAAUCCAGACUGAUCAAGGCUCUGGCCCUUGAUCCUUGGAUUAAGUCACUAAAGAUUCAAGUGAUGAGGGGUAAAAUCCACCUCUCCCAGAACUUUGGGACACAAGAAGGGAAAGAUUUUACUUUACUGUGGAGUAGUCCGGGAGGAAGGCCCUAUGGCUCUCAGCCCCAAAGACGCAGCCCAUGAGUAGUUUGAGCUCUGGCUUACCUGAGGCAAACUCGCUCCUUACCUGGUUUUUAGCCAGUGCACAGGUGUGAGCAGAACCGUAGAGGUGAAUGCAGCUUCCCUGGGAUUUCUUCUCCUUUCUAAAGCCUUCUUCACACAACCUUUUCUGAAUCUCCUGCCCGAGCGGGGGCUCCUUUCUGCUGGCUAGCCCAGGGCUCUGUGUACUUUCUUCUCCGGCUUCGGGUACGGGCAGACCCUCAGUACCUUCCUGGACACACAGACAUACAUUUCUUAUACCAAGGGAUGUAAUAAAUAGGAGACCACCAAGCUACACCUGGUUGGCCUUGAAGAAAAGGGAUUAUACUUUGUACAAACCACCCAGAAAGCUAUGAAUUUCAAUCUACAGCUGCUGAUUGUAAAAGUUAAAUUUUUUUGUUGAUGUAGAGUUAUUUUGUUAUAUCUUGGAACUAAAUGAAGUGCCAAAUUAAGCCAGACUUUCAUUUUACGCCAUCCCUGUGGAACCAAGUUGUUUGUGUGUGUGUUCACUUGGCAGGGGGAAGGGUGGGAAGAGGGCAAGCUGGCUGGAGCCCUGUCCAUCCCAGGGAGCCCAGAGGCCUGUCUGUGCAAAGGGAGUGGCAAUACAAUGGAUUCCGGUCCCCAGAUAUUUCUAAAUAAGGCAUGUUGUAGCCUUUUGAUCUUUUGCUCCCUUGACACCCCUUCCUUCAAAAAAAUUUUUCUCAUCUCUCUCCAAUGGAAGCAUUUCACAGUACUGACAGGGCACUCUCCAGAUACCUGCAACACAGAGUGUUCAUCAGGCAGUGGUUUUAAGACUUAGUCCUUCCCAGGUGACAUGUGCUCAAUUUGUGGGAGGCAGUGUGACAACUUGGAGAAAACACCUGGGUAGCAAAGGGGUCAGGGAGGAGAUACAAGAGGCCUGUGGACACCUGGUCCUGCUCAUCUUGGUGCUAAUCAGCCAGUGGUAACUGUCCCUGAGCACCUUCCCCAGGAACUGCCAUGUCCUCCCUCUGGAAGCAACUGCCCAAGGCAAGGAGAGGGCACCUUCAGGGCAGUAGCUCCAGGCCGAGGGUGCAGGGCUGCCCUGCCUGUCUCUAACAGGCACCCUCUGUCGGACGUGGACUUCUCUCCACCUCAUUUGGUGGAAAGUUUUCUCCCUUGGCUGGCAAAAGCCAGUGUCAAGAGUGGGUUUCUGACCGGGCAGGUGCACACUCAGCUGCAAAGUGCCUGUCGGCAGCUCCAUGUACGAGGUGCCCUUUAUUAGACAAUUCUUUGCCCGGCCAUAACCACAGUGCAGAUGACAAUUUUCAGUAGAGAACGGCCCGUGUUGCAGUUCUUGGGCUUUCCAAAAGAGAUAGUCACAUGUAUGUUACAAAAGAUUUCCGAAACCGAAAUGUCCUCCCUUACAUUUCAAGAUCACUCAAGUUUUAAGUCUGCUGUCUCUGGUGUCACACUAAGCCACACUUCUGAAAGCAGCCCUGGGUUAUGAAUUAGCCAGCACUGCUGAAUGCCCAUCCCCGCUUCCUCAGACUCCGUGGGAAACGAAAGUGCAGCGUUCACUAGAGAAGGUUCAGAGAAAGGUGGCAAGGACUGUACAUAUAGGAGAGAAUACCUGGAGCAUAGUAGCAAAAUACUGUAAAUUAUAUUCAUUUCCUCAGGGAAAAAUAAAGGGCAUGUGAAAAAUAGGUCUGGAGAAUCCUAAGACCAGGAAGAAUUUUAUUAUCUCUCAAGUCAUUUCUAGUCAGAACAAGUUUUUUCAAGUGAACGUGGUAUCAUUUCAAGGCAAAUUUCAGUGACCUGGACAGGACCGACUUUGUGAGGCGGAGGGGAAUGGCCCACGAACUGGAGCUGUUUUCUUUGUAGCUGACCUGUAGUCUCAGCCUGACAUUGGAACCACAGGCGUGAUGCCUGGGGGUAUUCAUAGACUCUUGUAAGGCUUUUUCUGAAUGUAAUUGUGAAUACAAAGCCUUGCUGUUCCUUUCUACAAUUACCCAAUUGGGUGACUGUUUAUUAGCUAUAAGCAGAAUUCUGUAGGUGAAAGAAAGCCGUUCAAGAUGUGCAUUUUGCUUUAAUAGCAUGUUAAGGAAUAAACUUCCAUGGACUUUUGUGGAGAAGGUGCUGCUUUUUCUCACGAGACCCCGUAGAAUUUCCAUCGACCACAUCAUCUGUAGCAUUGACCUGUGUGAACUCGGGGAAGAAUUUGUGCAUACAAAUGAGUGGAAACAGAGCAGGAUUCAUGAAUAUGCAUGAGAAUGUGGAUCAUUCCAGAGAAGGCACUGGGCACCCGGGUCAACUGGAAAUUUCAUUUCUCUAAGAAAGUAACCCUGCCAGCAGCACACAGACUCUCCCGUUCCUCAAACCUGUAGGGGAUGCUUCUGCAUCGAAACUGGUUCAUUGUGUCUUUUUCGCAUUGUAACUACCAAACCCGAAAUCAGUAAAUGAAAUGAGAUUAGCACUUUUAGGUACCAAUUGUAUCACUGAGGAAUGCACAGCAAUAGAACAAGAAAGUAUAAAAUGUGUUAUAUUUAAGAUCAACUGGUUUGCUUAGUAUGACUUAACUUUGAAAAAGCCCAUAUCCAAUGAUAUAUAUGCUUUAAAAAGUGUAUCCAUCAUAGGACUAGCAAUCAAAAUGGGAAUUUUACUUCCAGUCCUGUUUUGUAAAUAGUUCCUUUUCUUGAAGACAAUCUCAUGUUUUAUAACUUUUGUUGUGGGUCUCGGAAUCACAAUGGUGAUAUGUUGUGGCAAAAUGUAAUCUUAAAGACAAUAAUAAUGAUAACUUAAUUUUCCAAAUAAAACAAAUAUACUGCUUAGGCUUCUACAAUUCUAAGAGACAUAACACUUUUAUAAUAAGCGUUAGUACUCAACUUCUCAAGAUAACACAACUGGAGAUAUUUUACAAGAUGCCAUGUUUUGUAAUCACAAAGAACAUGAACAUUUUGUGGGAAAUGACCUUGGUUUUAUACAUUGUAGCUUAUUUUUUAAAAUACAGUAUUUUACCAGACAGGAAGUGUUAAUAUUAUAAGCAAUUCCUGCUCACCAAACAAAGGGCUAUGCCUCUUUUAAGCAAGUGUUUUGAUGCAUAUCUUUUCAAUUAACCCUCUGCAGCAAGGGUAGAAAUGCAGAUCAGAUGGAAUGGUUAUUACAAGAGAAUCAAGAUAGCAACAGCUACUCCUUUUAUCAUUACCAGUCUCUUAGUUUACCGUUAAUUACCAUUACUUAAUUUUCAAAGAAUUAUGGGAAAGACACUUGAAGAAUCAGCCUAUAUAUUUUAAAUCUAAAAAAAUGUUAACGGAUAUGCUUAUAGGUCAUGGGAGAAAUAUUCUUCCAAAUUCCUUAGGGUAAAAUGAUAAAUUCCAUGUCAAAAAGACAAGUUUACCACUUGACCUACCAGAACCACAAACCUACAUUUAACUAGUAAGAAUCAUUUGGUAGAAAUUUCUAAAAUCAUAGUAUGUAGGUCCAAAGGUAGAAUUCUUAGGUGAUCAGUAGCAUUUAAUUUUGUCCUCAGCACUAACUAAAUAACUUUAAUUUCCUUAUCAGAACAAGUGCUUAAUUUUUCACUGUGAAACACUGACAGGCACACAAGGUUGUGAUCUGAAAGUGACUCGUUCCCGAGAGUCAGGAAGCAAGGAGGAGAGCUGUGGAGAGUUUAUUAUAACUGCAUAAUUCUGAAUGUUGCCAAAACCAUUUCAUAAUGGUGUACAGUUUUAUUCAAGCCCACUCACUAUUAAAACAAGAAAGCAUUGUUCUAAGAUUUUAGUAAUCCGAAAGCCAGCCUAAAUAGCCAUGCACACAGGUAACAUCAAAAGAAAAGUGAGACAGAAUGGCCAUACACCUACUGGGCAACUCGUGUGAGGUGGUCAGAAGGUCACUUCGACCUUGGUUUCAAAUAGGCUUUGGAAUCUGCACACAUGAAGACCAGAACUGCACAGAGUUAGGGAAAACUGUGUACAGCCUUGGCUCCUGGUCUUUGAAAUGAGUCAACCUGCAAAUCUCUAUCUUCAUUCCCUUGGAAUAUUUCCAUUUUAGUAUUGAAGUCCCCAAGAAAUGUUUAUUGUUGUAUAGUUGUGAAUCAAAUGAGUCUCCUUUCAUUUUUAAAUAGAAGCUUCCUAAUAGUAUAAAGCAGAGUUUGCCAAUUUAGAUGCCUUAGAAGGGCAAAGCAAGUUCUGUGAUGAUCCAUGUAAAUCAGACAAAAAGGGACACUGGGAACGUGAGAUCCUGUUGAAAUGGAGAACAUUUGCCCCCUUUGAAGGAAUACUCAGCUCUAGACAAUCAGAACCAUGAAGAAAUCAGGCCUGGGGCUGCCAGAUCUUCUGACUUGGAAAUAUAUUACCUGACACUUGAAGUGUUGACAACUAACUCAAGUUUUUGGCCAACACGGUACAGACCAAAGAGAACCUGCAUGUGGGUGAGUGCAGCCUGUGGCCACCUGUUUCACCUGUUGGAGAAAACAGAUUUCACAUUCCAUGGCCGUAAGGCCAAGUUCAUCCAUCAGCCCCACAAACUCACAUGUUGUCACUAUCUAAACAACUAAAAUAAAAGAAGGGAAAGAGGUCAUUUCUCCCUAGAAAUCAUUCUCCUGGAAGACUUGGAUAUAGAAAUGUAAUGUCUUUAGCUUUGCCUCGGAUCAAAAUAUAGUGAGUUAUCCAGCUCUCCCACUCUGCCUCCUUCUGGCGUGCCCAGGCCGUGCCCCAAAGCAUUGAAUAACUGUAAUCCUAAUUUUCAUACUGUUUUCACUGCCGUGAUCACUGUGAUGAGGGGCUGGCAAAGAGCAGCAUUGUGCCUUCAGAGAAGGCAGCCAGGAGCCCCUGACGUUUUAAGAUAGCACACACCUCCUUGUGCCAAAGCCCUUUGCCAACCUCUCCACACCCUCCCCUCCCCAUCUCCCCUCAUGAGUCUUCAUUCCAGGGUCAAAUUACCACUGUUUCACCUCUGAUAUAGCAAAGUCCUUGCUUCAGAACUGGUAGCCACUUUUAGGUAUUUUGGAGUGUCCACUAACCUCCAAAGGGCGUUUUUCCCCAUACAAAACCUUAACAUCUUUGUCUGAGGGCAAAAGCAAAAUGGGAAUGAACGUGUCAUGAAAAAAAUUAGAAGUUGCUUCCCUGGUUUGGAUGGACUAACUCAUUUUAAACUGUAUCUUACAUCCUGAUGGCAUCAGGAUAAUCACUGACCCUUUCACAGAUGUAAUAAAAUAUGCCUCUUUCAGACACAUGAUUUCAUUUGAUCUUCAUGAGAAUGCAGUGUAAAAUAGGGAUAUUUAGAAUCACCAUUACCCACCUCCAAGGCCAACCCAGAGUAAUCUCGAACCUGAGAGUCAGCCUCAGUUUUGCUUGUGAGGAGGGAAAGGGCUCAAGAAAGGGCUGGCUCAGACCUUAGUCUUCCAGAAUGACUCGAGACCUGAGAAGACCCGGGACCCACCAUGUUUUCAAACCAACCAUUCAGUCCAGGACUUUCAGCAUAGCAGUAAAGAGCCCACUCAUUCACGUGGCCAACUACAAACCUAAUUAUCCCCAAAUGUAUCCAGGGAAUCCCCAAUCCCUAAAUUCUAACCAACUAAGUGGCUAUCAGAUUUUCCUAGCUAAUGCGAUGUUCUGAGUAAAAGUUUUGACUCCUUGGGAAAACUGUUUUGCUGCUAGUAUACAACAUUUGCCAUCUGUAGAAACUUAAAUUGAUGCCAGAAAAUUUAAAACCAGCUCAAAUUUAUAAAUUUGUAAUGAUCAAAUCAAAAUGUAAUGUAAACUCAAUGUUGGAAACGCCUGGUAAUAUGGUUAAGUCAUGUUUAAAUAUGAAUGCAAUUUACAUGAAAUUGGCAAUGCCUGAGAUUUCUUUGGUAGUGAGUGAUUAAAAGGCGGUCCAAUAUAUGAGUGGAUUUCAUCUUACCCUUUACCAUCUCGAGUUUAGAGCAAAGCCACUCACAGGGAGCUUUAGCCAUGGAGCUAGAAGGAGUCUGAGAAAACCAAUUUGGCCUGACACCUACUUCAUUAGCAUUCAUUUUGAUUAAUGGUACUUUUAUCAUGUUUCUGAAGUAAUACAGUGCUGGAGGAGGAAAUGGUUUAGCACUUUCCUCCUCUGGGGGAAAAGCAGCCCAUUUUGCAAUGGUUAGCGCCAUCCCGUGACAGUGGCAAGACUUAAAAAGACCCAAGCUUUAGGGGACAAGAAGAAAACUAUGGUUCCAAAAGCAGAUAACUAUAGAUUUUGAAAAAAAGGUGGAGAAGGUAGUUAAAUUAUAGUGCUUGUUUUUUAAAAAUGUUCUUUCGUGUUGGGCACCAUCCACAUAAUUAUUAACUACCAACUUCUAAAGAGAAGAUCCCCUUUAGAUUAUGAAAAUAUGAAAGAUUAAUUCUUAAGUCUAAUUAACUACGAGAUUCUCUUAUAAGUGCCAAUUCCCUAAAUUUUUAAUUCAGAAACUUAGAGUAGAAAGUGGCAACUCCCCAAAAAAAAGUAACAGAGCUGUCAUUAAAGAAGGAAAUGCUCUUUAAAGAAAAGAAUAAGCAAACGUACUCAUCUGUUUUCUUCUGAAUUCUCUCUACAUCCCCAACUAAAGAGGAAAAUCAGCACUCUGGAGGAAAAAUUGAGCUAUAAGAGCGAGAGAGAGAAGAACAUUCCCGAUUCUGGUUACUAGUCUUAUUUUGCCCAAUGGGCCCCUAAGAAUUUUCUAGGAGAACGUUACUCUCCCCUCCUUGCCCUCACCUCCCCAAGCCAGAGGCCAGGCUGUAGUGUGAGUUUGCUUCCAAAGCCCCUGAUGGGACAUUCUUGAUUCUGUGCCGAUUUCUCUCUUUCAAAUUAAGGUUUAAGAUCCAAGGGGACAGAUAACUGUUACUGCAGUUGGCACAUUAGGCUCAGUCCAUGUGGCUACCACCUUCCUUGGUGGCGGGGGAGGAAUUUCUGUCUGUCUGAACAGCUUGAGGCCAUCAGGAGGAGAGCAGCUCGGUCACUGGACAACCGGCCACACUCAGCACAGGAGCUUUGUUCAGACUCACGAUAAGGAGUAGCAGGGCAGAGACCCGACCCCUCCACUGUGCCUCAAAGCCGCGUGCAGGUCACCUACCCCACCAGUCCCCCCACAUGCGAGGCUCAUACAGAGAUCGGAACCAGCAGGUGGAGCUGGCACACGUUAGGAGGGGCCAAGAGGGCUCCACUUCGAAUUACUCCAGGCUCUGACCUCUGCCCACAAUUACAGAGCAUGAAAACAGAAUCGGCCUUUAGUAUGUGCAAAGGAAGAAGUUCCUACAGGGCAUAGUUGUUUUAAUUUUAUAUAUAUGGAGAAAGAAAAUGACUCCAAGCCGCUCACGUUAAGCACUUGUCUCUCACUCCAGUGGAGGCCCUUCCCACGUGCUGGGCACAGAUGCACGGGGCCAAGAGGACAGAGCCAGAGCUCUUAGGGACAGCGGCUUCCAGAGUUUGAAUCGCCCCUCAGGGAUCCACAGUCAAUGGAUCUGAACUCCAGCAGAGCUUAAUGAUAAACUACCCCAACCACCCAACAAAAGGGUGGAGGAGCAAUGCAUAACUUUGCAGAUUACAAACCCUUGUUUUACUUUUUAAACCUUUUGUUCCAUACUCUGCAUAUUGGAAAUCAGUGGCUGUGAUUUGACCAAGCCCUGUGAUGACAGCAAAGCCUCUCCUUUCCACACUAUCCCGACCAUUUGGGGAACCUCCUUGAUCACUGGUAAAAAGCUUUAGAAUAGACUUAGAUUUUUAGGGAAGAACUCAAAAAUCCCCAAAAUUUACUAGUCCCAUGACUUCAAUAACUGAAAAUGCCCUGGGUAUAAAUUAACCCAGGAAUGUGGAUCAUGUAUGUAAAAACAAAAUGCCAUUAAUCAAUAUUUUCCUACAACAUACCCUAAAAUUCUUAUUUUUGUAAUUAAUGGUUGGAUAAUGGUCAGCCAUUUAAAUGUACACUCUCUGGAAUAACCAGACAUUAGAAUAGUUUCCAAAGUGUUUUGUGUAUCAAAAUCCUAUAUACUUAGAAGAAGAACUCAGGAUAAGAAAAAAAAAAAAAAAUCGCUAAGUCCCAAAGGGUUCAUGACUCAUCAAAUGCAACUGCUGAGUGGCCAACAGUCAUUUUUUUUUUCCAAUGAGAAGACUGGAGAGAGAGAACAACAGUAAUCACAAAACCUCGGUUGCCCUUAGCCCAUAAGGUUUAAGAAAACUCUGCUUGUAAACAUUAAGCCAUCUUUCAAAUUGUUUUCUACACCUAAUCUAAAAUAUUAAAAUGAUAUUACUAAGUAUUUAAAAUGGGGUAGUUAGUGGAAAUGCAAUCAGUUGAAACAUUGCUUUUUAGUGCCUGCUAAACACAGAGGAAGGGAGAUAUAGACCAGAGAGAAGGCAGCAGUUCUUGCUUCGUGAUGUGAAAAUGACAGAUGUGUGCAUGUCAUCGGGCACUAAUUCAGAAGCUAGAUGGCAAUGCUAUCCGAUGUUUAGAGAUCUUUCAAAAUACAAUCUUACCACCAUUCGGAGGUAAGUACUUGCUUACAAAAGUCUUUAAUAUUAGUGAAUGAAUGUAUAAAAUUAUAAACUAUGCAUUUUCAAAGAGUAACAUGUAUUUUGUAUCUAAUCCAAGUAAAUUUUUUUCAUAGCUACUUAUCACAACUGCAAAUUAUCCAAAAUAAACUUGAACACAUAUGCUUAUGGGCAUGUGGGACACCCAUCUCUAUUCUCCUACUUGAUGUUUUUAAAGACGGUGUAUUGAAACUUUACUCUGAAACUUCAGGCUCUAAAAACAUUCCACCAUUAAGGUGAACAAGGGGGUAGCAGUAUGUAUUUUACUUCUUAAGCAUAAAUGGGAAGUGUUGGCUGUUACAAAAUGUGCCCAGUUUUUUAUAGGUGGAUGUUCUAGUAAUGUUGGAUUAACAAGCGAACAAAAGUGCAUAAAAUGAACGAGGAUCUCAUUGGAUAAAUGAGCAUAGUUUUUGUCUGUUGUGUUUAAUUCUCAAUCCAAGAAAAAAAAUAUUCUUCAAAGAGUUUGAGUUAUAGAGCUUCAAAGAACAAAAUAUGAACAUAUUGUCCAGAAAAGCAAAUCACUUGAUCUUUUUUCAAAAUCAUAUAAUUACUUAUAUUUUGGAAAGUCUAUAUAGAAUAUACGCAAAUUUCUUCAGCCCUCUUGUUGAUUUCAUGUUUUCAUGAAACCUUUUCUCCUAAUAAUUUGUCUUUGCUCUUUAAUCAUUGCUUUACUAUGUUACUCAGCAUGAAAAAAAUAUUCUUUCAUCUGAUAAUAUGGAAAUAAAGAACUCCAUUUCUCUGCCAUCCCGGUUCUCUUCUAUGUCCAUUGAGAAAGUUUAUCAAUUGUUUGUGUGUAAAAUAUGAAAAAAACACUUCUAAGCCUGGUACUUAAGGUUAUACUGGAUUGUUUGCUACCUAAUAAGAAGUUAUUGUGGGAGGGCAGUGUGUCUUUUUAUAUGAUUUUUAGCCAAAUCCAGAUGUUCUGAUACUACAUUUCUGAAUACCUAUCUGACUGUAAAUACAGCCUGUGGAGGUUCAGGUUGAUAAACCUUUUUCAUGACUGUUCCUCAGCCAUGCUCCUUGCCAACUUUUGGCACAUUGUACAUAGAUUUGUUGAAUGUUUAAAUGAUGUUGUUUUUCUAAAUGCUGUUCUCUAAAACAAUCUUUUGAAUGUUUUUUGCUUUCCAUUGUUUUGGACUUUGUGUGUUAGUUUUUAAAAAAAAAAAAAUGUUUCCUAAAUAUUUAACACCAGGAAAAAUAUUUUAAAAUAAACUGGUGCUAAUUGAAACAGAAGAAAAUUUGUGGAUUGAAGAUGUACAAUAGAAAAUGUUCACACCAGUUAAACUGCACUUUCCCGAGGGGACAGCUGGCAUCUGCCUGCAAUAGGCAUCAGGAUGACCACCAGAUGUUUACAGUUCCUGUGGCUCUGUCCCCCCAGAGUUGAGGAUUUGCUACACUGGUCCUCUGGAAGCAUUUAAGUAGAAGAAAAGGCUUGUAGUAGGAACCACUUUAGUAAUAGUCUUCUGGUCUUUGGACUUUUAUGUUCUGUAAUGCUUAGCUGUGACAAUGACUAUGGUGUUGCCAAUCUAGUCUGACAUCUUCGUUGACCUGUACUUACUCUGUGUAUGGUUCUACCUUGGGUUGCACUGGCACGAACCGGGCCAGAACACUGGACUUUCAGUAAGACAGACCAUUCUGACUUCUACAGUGUCCACACACAUGAAUUUAAAUGCACUUGUAACUGGUUGAUUACCAUGAAGUAAGUCUAACUUCCACUUAAUAAAAGUUUUUGUGUAUCUGCUUCUA